AUGUUCAGCUUCAACAUUGCCUUCACUCAAUCCGUGAAUCCCCCAGAUCAGAACGUCGUUCUCAAUGAGACAGAACUUUGGUAUGGGAUUCGACGGGGAGGCCGCAACCCCCACGACUUUGCACCGUAUGUAGCCUCUUGUGAGGUUUUAGCAGGUACCAAGAACGAAUUUCGUCGUAAGCUCACCCUUGCCGAUGGUGCGGUCCAUACAGCGGCUGGUGAGGAUCUGAUCCAGGAUGUUAUCAUCGCCCCACCGCUUCAUGUUCAAGCAAAAACAGUCUCAACGGGCGCCACAAGUACCUUCCUACUGUCUCAUGGCACAACUUGGCAACAGGACGGUGAGCGACCUGUACUUUUCCUGACAGCCAUGUAUGAACUCAAACUCGACAACGUUGAGCCUGGAACACAGGCUGCUAAGGAUAUAGAGGUCAAUUAUACAGCUCUGGCUAGAGGAGCCUGCGAGAACGCUGUCAAAGAUAUUCGCAAGUGGAAGACUGAAGGAAAGCUAGCCGCCUGGCAGAAAGAAGACGAAGAAGAUGGGGCGGGUGGGCCUUAG